UUUUUAGUCUUUCAUAUUUUAAUUUUAAUCGAUUUUUAAAUUUCUUAAAUACUGAAAUACAUAAUUUUACAUAUGUCAUUUAUUCAAGUUCAUUCGUGGGUUCGGAUUUUUCUAUUAGGUCUUUUAAAACGUUUUUUUCUUAUUUUUUUGUAAUUUCUACAAAAUUUAUUUUUAAUUUUUCAAGUCUUGCAUUAUCUUAUAAAGUGCCUAAAAACCCCAUAAUCUGCCUUUUUGGCUUUAUAUUUUCUAUAUUUUUCCCAUAUUCUUAUUUAAACAACAUAUUUUUGACUUAUAAUUUAAUAUGACAUCGGAAAGUGAAGAAUAUAAACACGAAUUUACAUUGCCUUCGCUGCCACGUACUACUAGAGGUUUGCCAUUACCUUUGUCAGCGAGUCCAGAUGGAAACAAAUUUGUAUAUUGUGCUGGCAAUAGUCAAAUUUUUGAUUGUGAUGUCUACACAGAACACUCAACACUUACACAAGUUGCAAAAUAUGCCCCGUCUGGAUUUUACAUUGCUAGCGGCGACAAACACGGAAAAAUAAGAAUUUGGGAUACUACACAAUCGACACAUAUUUUGAAAGCAGAAUACGCGUUAAUCAACGGUCCCAUUCGGGAUAUUGCUUGGUCAGAAGAUAGUAAAAGAAUGGCUGUUGUUGGGGAAGGGAAGGAAAGGUUUUUAAAUAUUUUUAAAUACAAAUUUUUUUUCAAGAUUUGGACACGUUUUUCUUUUCGAUACCGGUACAAGCAACGGAAAUUUAUCUGGGCAAAGUAAAG